AGCAUGGGCGGCCCCCAGGCCUGGGCUCUGCUCUGCCUCGGGCUCCUGCUCCCGGGAGGCAGCGCUGCGUGGAGCGUCGGGGGAGCCCCGUUCUCGGGACGCAGGAACUGGUGCUCGUACGUGGUGACCCGCACCAUCUCAUGCCAUGUGCAAAAUGGCACAUACCUUCAGCGAGUGCUGCAGAAUUGCCCCUGGCCUAUGAGCUGCCCGGGGAACAGCUACAGAACCGUGGUGAGACCCACAUACAAGGUGAUGUACAAGACAGUGACCGCUCGGGAGUGGAGGUGCUGCCCCGGGCACUCGGGCGCCAGCUGCGAGGAAGUUGCAGGCUCCUCUGGCUUCGUGGAGUCCGGGUGGUCAGCCAACACCAUGCGGCGGAUGACACUGCGGCCCACAGCCUUCUCAGGUUGUGUCAACUGCAGCAAAGUAUUGGAGCUGGCAGAGCGGCUGAAGGCGCUGGAGGCCAAGGUGGCCGUGCUGACUGCUGCUGAGCAGGCAGUGCCCCCCACCCCCACCGCGCCCGAGGACCCUGCCCCGCUGUGGGGCUCCCCAGCUGCCCAGGGCAGCCCUGGGGACGGAGGCCUCCGAGACCGAGUGGGUGCCCGGGGGCCUCCCGGGCCCAUUGGCCCCAAGGGAGACACUGGCAGCCGGGGCCCCACAGGAAUGAGAGGCCCACCAGGUCCACAGGGACCCCCAGGGAGCCCUGGCCAGGACGGAGCUACAGGCCUCCCUGGAGAGAGGGGACCUCCAGGCCCCCCAGGGCCUGCUGGCCCCCCUGGCCCCCCAGCCCCCAUUGGACCACCCCACGCCCGGAUCUCUGAGCAUGGAGACCCAUUUCUGUCUAACACCUUCACAGAGACCAGCAGCCACUGGCCCCAGGGACCAGCUGGGCCCCCCGGCCCCCCGGGGCCAAUGGGUCCCCCCGGACCUCCUGGUCCCAUGGGCACCCCUGGGAGUCCUGGACAUACAGGACCACCAGGCCCCACUGGACCCAAAGGAGCCCCUGGACACCCAGGAGAGAAGGGCGAGAGAGGACUGCGUGGAGAGCCAGGCCCCCAAGGCUCCAUGGGACAGCGGGGAGAACCUGGCCCCAAAGGAGAUCCUGGCGAGAAGAGCCACUGGGCUCCUAGCUUACAGAGCUUCCUGCAGCAGCAGGCUCAGCUGGAGCUCCUGGCCAGACGGGUCACCCUGCUGGAAGCCAUCAUCUGGCCAGAACCAGAGGGGUCAGGGGCAGACCCUGCCGGCACGGGCACCCCCAACCUCCUUCGGGGCAAGAGGGGAGGACACACAACCAACUACCGGAUCGUGGCCCCCAGGAGCCGCAACGAGAGAGGCUGAGGGUGGAGGCGGCCCCUCGGGG